AUCUCCCACAUGAAGACAUCAAGAAGCCUCCACAUCAUGUGCCACAUCCCAGUCUUCUGCUGGAUCACUGCUACGGUUCUGGAGGACGUGUUUGAGACCAGAGAGGGAGGAGAGCUGCCCAGCACCCUGACUGAGAUGUACAUCCACUUCCUGGUGGUUCAGACCAAAGUGAAGAAGGUCAAGUAUGAUGGAGGAGCUGAAACAGAUCCACACUGGAGUCCAGAGAGCAGGAAGAUGAUUAAGUCUCUGGGAAAACUGGCUUUUGAUCAGCUGCAGAAAGGAAACCUGAUCUUCUAUGAUUCAGACCUGACAGAGUGUGGCAUCGAUAUCAGAGCAGCCUCAGUGUACUCAGGAGUGUUCACACAGAUCUUUAAAGAGGAGAGAGGAGGACUGAUCCAGGACAAGGUGUUCUGCUUUGUCCAUCUGAGUAUUCAAGAGUUUCUGGCUGCUCUUCAUGUUCAUCUGACCUUCAUCACCUCUGGUGUCAACCUGAUGGAAGAAACACAAACAUCUAUGUGGUCUUCAUUUUUUAAACCUAAAUUAAAGUCUCUUCACCAGACAGCUGUUGAUCAGGCCUUACAGAGUCCAAAUGGACACCUGGACUUGUUCCUCCGGUUCCUCCUGGGACUUUCACUGCAGACCAAUCAGAGACUCCUACAAGGUCUGCUGACACAGACAGGAAGUAGAUCACAGACCAAUCAGGAAACAGUUCAGUACAUCAAGAAGAAGAUCAGUGAGAAUGUGUCUGCAGAGAAAAGCAUCAAUCUGUUCCACUGUCUGAAUGAACUGAAUGAUUGUUCUCUAGUGGAGGAGAUCCAACAGUCUCUGAGUUCAGGAAGUCUUUCCACAGAUGAACUGUCUCCUGCUCAGUGGUCAGCUCUGAUCUUCAUCUUAGUGUCAUCAGCAGAAGAUCUGGAUGUGUUUGACCUGAAGAAAUACUCUGCUUCAGAGGAGGUUCUUCUGCUCUCAGAGAGAAGCUGUGAAGCUCUGUCCUCAGUUCCCAGCUCCCAGUCCUCCAGUCUCAGAGAACUGGACCUGAGUAACAACAACCUGCAGGAUUCAGGAGUGAAGCUUCUCUCUGCUGGACUGGAGAGUCCAAACUGCAGACUGGAAACUCUCAGCUUGUCAGGCUGUCUGGUCUCAGAGGAAGGCUGUGCUUCUCUGAAAUCAGCUCUGAGCUCCAACCCCUCCCAUCUGAAAGAGUUGGACCUGAGCUACAAUCAUCCAGGAGACUCAGGAGUGAAGCUGCUGUCGGCUGGACUGAAGGAUCCACGCUGGAGACUGGAAAAUCUCAGGUUGGAGCCUGCUGGAGUCCGAUGGUUGACACCAGGUCUGAGGAAGUAUUCCUGUCAACUCACAAUCGACACAAACACAGUGAACAGAAAACUCAAACUGUCUGAAGACAACAGGAAGGUGACAUGGAUGGAGGAGCUUCAGUCAUAUCCUGAUCAUCCAGACAGAUUUGAUCUUCCUCAGCUGCUGUGUAGAACUGGUCUGACUGGUCGCUGUUACUGGGAGGUCGAGUGGAGAGGAGGAGUUUUUAUAUCAGUGAGUUACAGAAGAAUCAGGAGGAAAGGAGACAGUGAUGACUCUCGGUUUGGAUGGAAUGAUCAUUCCUGGAGUCUGAGAUGCUCUGAUCGUCAUGGUUACUCUGUCUGGCACAAUAACAGAGAAACAUCUAUCUCCUCCUCCUCCGUCUCCCACAGAGUAGCAGUGUAUGUGGACUGUCCUGCUGGUAUUCUGUCCUUCUACAGAGUCUCCUCUGACUCACUGAUCCACCUCCACACCUUCAACACCACAUUCACUGAACCUCUGCUUCCUGGAUUUAGGUUCUGGUCUAGUCCUGGUUCCUCAGUGUUUCUGUGCUGAUUGAGUCUAAAGAGUCUCCUCCUGUCAGAGAAAGCCUCUC